AUGCGCCUACCUUGGUGGGGUGAAGGGCCUGCAGUUGGCCUGAGUUCUGUGAUGCUUCAAUUACCAUUCCGUAUGUUAGAUGCAACCACCGAUACAUCGUCUUGCGUGUGGUCACCAGCUGAAACAGCAGUGAUUUCUGCUUACGAUGUCUCAUUAGGAUUCGCAACAAUUUGUGUGAUAGGUCUAGGAAUUCUGUUGGCCAAAAAGCUGAACAGUUCGUUGUAUAAGCCUGUCUUGUUUCAUUUCAUUUCGACACUUUUGCUGUUGGAAAUUCCGUUACUUAUUGUGAUAUCACUAAAGUACGCAAGCAAAGAUAGUGCUGCCCUGAGAGCUGCUGAUGCCACAAAUAUGCUCGUCGCAAUUCAUUCGGGCUUACACUCGUCAUAUUUUAUUUAUAAUCAUGAGGAUUAUAGGCAAGGAAUCAGAGCAACGUUUUUACGGUUGAAAGUGCUUUCUUCUCUGUGAAUCCCCCUUUACUGUAUUUGCUCAUGUGAUUAUGAUGUGUAGGAACGGACCCACAUUUGUAAUAUUGCUUUUUUCAUUACGUGUAUUUAUCCUUUCUCGAUGUUUAGAAUUGGACGGGUAGCGUAUACCCAACUUUGAAAAUCUCAUUUAUUUGUUUAUCUAUGUUCGGCUGUUCUGGAUACUGGGAGAGUGCCUACUGAGUUCUCAUCGAAGAUUGUACGUAAAUAAUCAAUUUAACUAGUUUUUAUUUUCACUAUGUAUCAUUCCGCAUUGAAAACUGCCACACUUUUCUGCUGCAUAAUCAAUGAUUGAAACUCUAUAAUUUCAAUAAUCC